UAUUUAUAAUUUUAAAAUUAUAUUAUCAAAUAAUUUAAUAUUGUAAAAGCGUUGAUUUUGUAAAUAAUCUAGUAAAACACACUUUCCACUUAAUGAUUUUUUUCUUUGUAUUUUUAUCAGCGAAAUCGCAAACUUACGUUUUUCCAUUUUUUCUUCACUCCGUAACUUUGUUGAUUGGCAAAAAAUUUGCGGAAUCGCGUUUAAAGUGUCAUUCUGCCAUUCAGCAAAGUUACCGAUCAAAGCAUUUAAAGAUAAUUUAGUUAGUGUUUGGACAUGACUACAUGUUUAAAUUACCAGCUAAAACUAUCCUAAUAUCCCAAACUGACCGAGAGUGUAAAUAUAAACUUCAAAAGUGGCUGAGAGUGUAAAAUAGUUUUAAUUAUUAAUUAGAAGGUAUAGCUUAAGAACAAAAUCCAAAAAUAAGUAAAAUUAGUAGUUGGGAGGCGCUAUUGUUGGCCCAGGGGCCCUUGCACACAACUUCAUUAUAUUUAGUUUUGUGGAUUUAUUUCCCAGCAUCAAAUGAUUUAUUUCUUUUUUUUAAUGAUUUAUCUCCCAACAAUCAGUUUGCAAUUUGUUUAGGUUUCUGAUUAUCAGACGUUUUAGGACUCUGUUAUAUAUAUACCACGCCUCCUCUAUUAAGAGUUCAAAGUUUAGGGUUUUCUCUUAUUCUCAAUACCACUUAGUUGAACGAUUGGAGAGAAUGGGUAUGAUUAGUGACUUACCUGACCAGAUGCUCCUUCAGAUUCUCUCGUGGCUUCCAACAACCGAAGUGGUGGCCACAAUGCUUUUGUCCAAACAGUGGAAGUUUCUUUGGAAGCAAGUGCCAAAACUUUAUUAUAAUUAUAGCGAACACGAGGGCAAAGACUUUUCAGAAUUCGUGAGCAGGUCUUUGCAGUUACAUGUGGCUCCAAGUUUAAAAAGUCUCAAGUUAUCGAUAAGCCCUUAUUGCGACUCGAGGGAUGUUACAAAUUGGAUUGAUUUAGCGGUUUCGCGGUUUGUGCUUGAGCUUGAAAUCGACCUUACCGCCGCCCAAUACCCGAUGAUCACGGCUCUUCCAAAGAGUAUGUACACUUGCCGGACACUAAGUUGUCUGAAGCUAAAGGCUCUUGUACUCGAUGAUAUACCUGAAGACUAUCCAAUCUGUCUUUCAUCACUUAAUUAUAUGUACCUCUCCGUGUCAAUUCAAGUGUCGGCUGACAAAUUUAUUGGCAAGCUCUCUGCUGGUGCUCCUCUUCUCAAAAAGACAGUGGUGCAAGGUCCUGUCUAUGGUGAUCAGUUUCUUGAUUCUAUGACAAGUUAUAGCGAGCUGAAGAGCUUUACAACGUGCUUAUCAGAGUGGGGUCCCACCGUAGACUCUUACUUUAAUAAGCUUGAGCAUUUGUGUAUGUGCACCUGUUCCUCUGGAUGGUGGGAUUUGUUAAUCAAUUUUCUUCAACGUUCCCCUAUAUUACGCCAACUCCAGCUAAUCAAGUCUUGCAACUCGCGGCCUCUGUCUUCUGGGAAUCAGCCAGGUUUUACUAGUACUACUCAUGUUCCGGAAUGUUUGUCAACAACGCUUCAAACCUUGGAGUGGAGAGAUUAUGCAGAAACUGAAUUUGACAUGCCGGUGGCCUCUUUUCUCCUUAAGAACGCUACACGUUUAUCCGAGGCCAAGAUCUUCCUCGAAUACGCUGCCGGUCCGAUUGAGAAGCUUAGAAUCCGCACUGCCCUGGCAAAGUUAUCUAGAGGUUCACCUACAUGCCAUCUUAACAUCGGGAAUUAAAUUUCAAAAUUCAUUAUAUUUUCUUAAUGUUUUUAGAGAGUUCAUCGUCUCUCCACAUAGGAUUCUUUUGCUAUAUUCAUGUUGGGUUUUUUGUCCUAUCGCGAACUAACUUACGUUAUCUCAGAGCUUAAUGGAUCCGUAAGCUAAGAAACGGAAACGGAAACGAAGUUGUAUUUUCUUACAUUUUCUUGUCACACAAGUUAUUAAUUCAACAAGUACAACAAAAAGAGAUAGUCUGAUACGUUCUUGACACGAAAGGGAGUUAUAAAGUCACUUUCGAUGAGUUUCCUUAUAUCUGAGUUAACAGACACGCGUGAGUGGUCCGGCUAGCCAAGACAUUCUCUUGAAUGGUCCGGCUGAGCUUUAUAAACAAAUGCUAGCCGAAUCAUUUGGCCCAAAUGGCACGGUCCAAUCACCCCGUGUACCCACGGGCCGUGCUACAAGUCCAUCCAAGUGCACCUUCUUGUAUCUUAGCACAUGAGCAUGGAAAGGCUAAUUAAACUUCAAGUUUAUGAAGAUUAAAGGAUAAGGCGGUGAAUGCACCCGCCUUAGGUGGUUGUUACAGUUAGUUAAAAGUGUCGUUUAUAUGUACGAGUUGAUGCUCAUGUGAGAGUAGAGAGAUUCUUUUGUAAAUCUUAUGAGAGAUACUAUAAUCUUGUAGAGGAAAACAUAGAGGGAAACAAUCUCCGGUGAGUGAGAGAGAGGUUUUGGGGGGUUUUUUCGGUAAGAGCUAUGACAGGGCUUAUAAGCGUUAUAACCAAAUAAGAUCCUUGGCCAACAUAGAGGGGUUGCUCUCUCUAUCUCUAUUUCUCUCGCUACUUGUUCAUGAUCUUUAUGAAAAAUUUGUCUUUAAAGAUGGACAAAGAUGUGAUAGAUAAAAAUUUUGGAUAACAUCUUUCACGCAUCUUUGCUUCGAAUAUGAUCUCAUG